AUGGCGGAUAUGGCUUCUGUUGGAAAUAAUGUCAAUAUUUCUCAUGACAGUCCUAUUCCUGGAACUGUCCAUCUGAUUGAUCUUGAUGGGACACUUCUCACGAAACAUGCUUCGGGAUCUGCUAAAGAAGUCGUCUUGGUUCCCCCGCCGUCGAGUCAUCCUGAUGAUCCGCUGAAUUGGUCUCCUAAGCGUAAAGCUCUAUCAACAUUCUGUAUCUGUUUAUAUAUCUUAGCUGUCGGAUUCCCAUGCUCAGCUAUCUAUUCGAUAUUAGUACCCGUUUCGAUGAACACAGGCCUUACCUUAGAUACUCUCAACACUGGAACUGGAUAUAUGUUUUUGUUCUUUGGUUGGGGUUGUGCCUUCUGGCAACCAAUCGCACUUCAAUAUGGCAAACGUCCAGUUUAUUUAUUUUCCUUGCUAGCUACUCUUGGUGUCGUCAUGUGGGUUCCAUACACCAAGACCAACGGAGAUUGGAUUGGUCAAAAGAUUCUCCAAGGAUUUCUCGGUGCUCCAAUUGAAUCACUAUGCGAGGUUUCGAUUUCAGACAUUCGUUUCACACAUGAUCGAGGAACAUAUAUGAUGUUGUACGAUCUCACCUUAGCCGGUAGUAACUACAUGGCUCCAGUCUUUGCCGGUUUCAUUGCUGAUGGUCAAAGUUGGGAAUGGGUUAUGUACUGGUGCGCAAUUUUCUGUGGUUUUGUCUUCAUCAUUCUCUUCUUCUUUUUAGAAGAAACAAACUAUGACCGACCAGCUACAAGUCUCAAUGCUGAUCAAUUGAUGGAGAAAACCGAGCCCACAGCUGCAACAUCAUCUAGUAUGGACACCUCCCCAGAGGCCGCAAUUCCCCCAAGAACGUUCAUGCAAAAAUUGAGUCUGAUCGAUAGACCUCGUUCAUUCUCACAUUUCAAAUACAUUUUCUGGCAACCGUUCAUAUUUUUCACAUAUCCAAUUGUUGUUUAUGCAGGAUUUGCAUACGGAUCUAGUUUGGUGUGGUUUAAUGUGCUGAAUGCUACUGCGUCGUUGGUUCUGAGUGCGCCGCCCUAUAAUUUCUCUGCCUCCAUGGUUGGACUAUCUUACUUGGGUCCUGCUUUAGGUGCUGUUGUAUCCGCUCUUUGGGCUGGUCCAGUCGGUGAUAAACUACUCAUCCGACUCGCACGCCGCAACCAAGGACGUAGUGAGCCCGAACACCGUCUCUGGCUCUUCGUUCUCACUGCUAUCUUCUGUCCUGUGGGCUUGAUUCUUUGGGGGGUGGGUGCUGCACAUAGUGUUCAUUGGUUUGGAUUGAUUUUCGCCAUGUUCAUUUUAUCAGCUAGUAUCACUAUUGCUAUUCCGGUUAGCUGUAAUUAUGCUAUUGAUACUUAUCAACAGCUUGGAGGACAGGCCAUGGUAACUGUAAUAAUAAUCCGCAACACGAUGUCAUUUGCCAUCAACUACGGCAUCACACCCUGGAUUCUCAAUACCGGUUAUCAAAAUACAUUUGUAGCCGCUGCCUUUAUCUCGUUAGCACAAGUUCUCGUGUUUUUGGUAUUUGUGAAAUGGGGUAAGGGAUGGAGAGCAGGGAGUAAAGAACGCUAUUGGACGAUGGUGGAAGAGAGUGCUAAGAGAGGAUUGACGCAUUGA